AUGAGUCUCUCGCACUGGUCCCCUCUAUUCAUAACCGCAAAUGUCUCAAUCGAGGUCAUCAACAAAGUCCUAUACAGCGCCCACUUCGAAGUCCAAACCCUAAACCUAGGAGACGACUUCUACAACCACUGGGUUCUCAUCCAAAACCCCCUCCAAACCACGUUUUCCAAACCCACAAACGCCGUAUCCCUAGACUUUGACUCUGGCUUUUCGAACCACACCCUAAACCAAAUCAAACACUUUGUGGAUACCAGACUUGGCGAAAAUGGGUUGGGACAAGGCGAAACCCCAUACGACAAUCUCUCAGACGAUAGAUUUGGAAUCAUUGAUGAAAGAACGGCAGAAGAUGAGACCAUUUUGUUUGUGGUUUAUGAUAUGGUUGAUUCGUUGCAAGAAGCAGAAAUCAGAGUUGCUUGGAAUGAUGCUAGCGAGCACGAUAGAGCUCUAGUGCGAUGCUCUUGGUCCGAGGAUACUGAGUCCGAUAUCGAGUUUCUUGCGAGUACGAUUGGAGGUAUAGACGACACGAUGGGGAUUGGAGAGAUGAGUGAUAAAGUCUACAAUUACAUGGAUGAUUUGAGAAAUGGAGAAGCCGUGAUGAGGUGGUUUGAGAUCAGGUUGGAUGUUGGAUAUAGUGUUUUGGCUCAUGGUGGCAUUUGGCUGAUAGGGGCAGCGGACACUCUCAUAGAUCGUACAGAGUUCGACGAGGAUGGUGUGAUGAGGGGUCGUGACAGGAUUGAUCAGUCUUGA